AUGAAGCGGACUCCUGUGCCUUCGCAGAAGAUCACUGAUGUGAUAAAGCGGGAUGAUUGCUACGACGACGAUCAGCGUAUUUUUGACUAUACCGAUUGUGAUGGUGUCCCCGGCUGUUGGGCCAUCACACCGAUUUUGAGGAAAAGGAAACCGGUACCAGUUUUCCCACUUCCGAAGAAGACGUUUGAUUUGACGUUGUCUUCGAAAGCUCCUGUGUUGGCAAAAUGGUAUCAAGCUGCUUCAUCCAUUGCCUCUGUGUCUCUGGGACUCUUGAAUUCCUUCAUGUCGAAGAAAGAAUUCCCGAAAAUUCGAGAUACCUUGUAUCUCUCAAGUGCUGAAACCAUUGCUGCGAAAAUUAGGAACAAGCAGUACUCCUGCAAAAAGGUCAUUCAGUCCUUCAUCAAACGAAUUCUGGAAGUCGACGCGGUAUUGAAUUGCGUGACGCGAGGGAACUUCGACGGAGCGAUGAUAGAAGCUGCACGCGUGGACCGAAUAGUGAAGACAAUGACCCCAGCAACAAUAUCUAGGGUGUAUCCACUCCUCGGAGUUCCUUUUUGUGUUCCAGAAAAUAUAGCUGUUGAAGGGUUUCCGUUUACCGGAGGUUUAAAAGCCAGGAAGGAAGAGCGUGCUGAGGAAACUCUGUACCUGAUUGACGAAUUACGGAGAGCUGGUGCAAUUUUUCUAGUACAAACCAAUGUUGCAGAAUUGAGUCUGUCUGUUGAUACAAGCAAUAGUGUUUACGGUAAAACCAGUAAUGCUUAUGAUGCCAGAAGAUCAGCGGGAGGUGAUUGGGGUGGAGCUGCUGCUUUAAUUACUGCUGGGGGCUGUCCAUUCGGGGUUGGUUUGGACUUGACUGGAUCGCUGCGAAUCUCCGCAUGCUUUGCGGGGUUGUUUGCGCAUUCAGAGCCGAUUUCCGAUCGAAGUGUGGAAGGUGCAUUUUUGUCGCCCCUCACAUUCAGCAAUUUGGCAAUGGUUGCUGCUCUGGUUAAGUUUCCAACCGAUUUAACAUUCAUCUUGAAAGUUAUGCGUGGGACUCACAGGCUUGAUUGGGGACCAAGGUCGUUCGUUGUGAAUGUUAAGUUUAGGAAGUUGAAGUUGUUCUACAUGCUGAAUCAAGGGGAACGGACUUUGACGGAUUGUCGUUUGGAUUCAGAAAUUCAAGACAUGAUUUUGGAAACUUUUGACUGGAUGAAGUGCUUGAUGAAGUUGAAGGCUAAAAAAGUGAAAAUCCCUUACUUGGAUCUGUCUUUCGAAUUGUUUCUGGCGGCGAUUUCGAAGUCCACAGAAGAAGCAUUUCUGACCGAGGAAAUGACAAAUCGUUUGUGGAGAAAAAAUGCUGUGAAUGAAUUAUUCAAAUCACUGAUUGGAUGCAGCGAUCAUACGAAAUCCUUGGCGAUUUCUUCUGUACUGCAAGAUACCCUGGUGUCCGAAAAGCACGAAGUUUUACGACAACGUUUGGAUCACGUGAAAACUCUGUUGGAAGCGGAGCUAUUCGCUGUGUUGAAGAAAGGGGUAUUGGUGUACCCAACUUACCCAUUACUUGCUCCAUUUCACGGACAGUCCCUUUUUUGCUUCACCAGUUUCGUCUACAGCGCAAUAUUCAACGUUUUGCGGGUUCCUGUUACGCAAAUCGUGAUCGGUUACAGCCACGAAAAUCUUCCCAUUGGAAUGCAGUUGGUGUGUGCCCCGGGGAAGAGUUAUGAAGCCUUUGCCAUUGCGACUGAGCUGACGAGGGUUUUGCCUCGGGCGCAUUGGAAACCAGCUGGAGAAAGCAUUCCGUUUACAAUUGUCCCAAAACCACGGAUCCGUCAAAUACCUACACCCGCUGUUCCCAAUUCGAAGGAGUACAUGAAGAUGGGCGUGAUGCGUCCACUAGACAGCAGUGGAGGUGUUGGUGAUCCUGCAUCACCAUGUUCAAGUCCGUCUUCGUCGAAUCCCGUGGAAAUCGCCGUAGUACCGUCGGGUUCGGGCGGCUCGUGUCUGCACCGUGGCGUAGUGUGCGUGCAGCGAGACCGCGUCCUGUCUCGUUGGAGAGACCGCUACCUCUUGCUCAUGCCCGACUAUUUGGCCUGUUUUAGUCGGGCCAGUGGGCCAGCCUCUUCCUCUUCGGGCAUGGGUACCUUUCAAUUCAAGGUGUCAUUGGUGGACGUGGAGCGUGCCGAAUGGGCGGAUGGCACGGGACUCGUCGUUGCGCUGCAUGUGCGAAACGACAGUCGCCUCAUGUUGCGCUGUGUGUCUAACAGUGGUGGACCUGUUAGCACCACCAGCAACAAUGGCAAUGAUGGAACCACGAGCAACGGGCAUAACUCUACCGGAGUUCCAUUCCCGUUGGCUCAUUCGGCAUCGUCUCCCACCUUUUCUGCCUUUCAGAAGCAGCAGCAGCAACAACAAGCUACUGUUUGCACGACACCGGGCCAGCUCAAGGACUGGCUCACGGCUAUUCAGAAUGCUGUGACGUGCAGCAAAAGUCGUCGAGAAGCUCUACGAGCUGCAAACCGUACGACGGGACUCGUGAACCCUGCAGUGCUGAAGCAUCGGCUUGCUUAUGAGAGGACGGUCUCAAAAGACGAUCACUCUGUUCCCGACGGAAGCACGAGUGUGGGAACUGAGUCGGAAAUGGCGGCAGAAGGAAGCAAACAAGCCCCAUUAUCAGUCGUGUCGUCGUCUCCAUCAGCGACGUCUUCUUGCUCUGCACAGUUACUACAGGCCCAGCAGACCCGGCUCAUGUCAAACAAGGUGGACAAGAAGUACCAGCGCUUUUCGUUGUUGCCAGACUUGAACUUGAGCAGAUACCUCGACAGUUGGGGUUUUGGUGGCGGCAACAAGACGAGCCGCAGUCCAGGGCAUAGUGUCAGCUCAGGAGCAGGACCUGGAAGCGGAGGAGGAGAUUCGUCAUCGUCAUUUUCAUCCACUUCUUCAUCUUCUUCGUGUUCCUCGUCUUCGAGUCCGGCGGUUGUGGCUGCAGGAGGCAAACGUUCGCCGCGCUCGUACGACGUGGUACGUCCACAAAGUCUUGCUGACCCGCUGUGCACCACGGCUUCUGGAGCCGGCAGCGCCGUCCUUGUCCGCUACCGAGACCAUCGACAUGCGUGUACAGCCAAUGACUCGAGCAACCACAAUAUUCGACUGCACGUGGGCGGACCUGGCUCGUCCACUUCGUCUCCGGCGAAGUCGCCUACGAAAGUCGCUGUACCCCGGCACCUUUACGUAUCGCCAGCCACACAUGUAAGGAAAUGCAAUCGUGAGGCAGAGAACUCUUUUUGCGGUGUGAAGAUGACGAAUUCGGAUUCCUCGGAUUCGCACGUUAGGAUCCUCCAUGCUGGUCACCUCAUACGCUCUGUGAUGUCAGAAACAUUGUUGAAAGGUGGUGCAUCAUCUCUGGAUUCAUCCCACGUUGCCGCGCGUCAACUGUGUCCGUUUGGAACGACGAGAAUGUUUGCGGGAAAUGGAAAGGUCGGGCAGCAUAGUCCACCACCCGACGACUACGUCCCUCCUGUUAUGUGUGACAAGUCCGUGCGGAAGUAUCCGCCGGGAAUGGAGCCCAUCAGGUGCUACAGCAUGCCUGUUUUGAAUCACGUUAAAACCCCAAAACCCCGAUGUGAGGAAAAGAACGAGUUCCGAGAAGCUGCGAAGACCAAACAUUAUCGGGACAAGUUGAAAAAAAUUGCUGCUUACGAGCGAGCUUUGCAAGUUUCUGGGCAGAUUCUGACGUAUCGUCCGAGAAAGGACAUUCCUAAAGGAGUGGAUGAUCCAGAAUGUUACAAUCCUUCCAAAAGAGUGGCCUCGUAUGAUCCGCAGUUCACCAGGGCCGAAUGUGUGAAUCCCAAGUGGUCCAUGACGAAGUUUAAAGACAUGUUGGAGUUGAUGCGAGCUCAUGAAGCUGAGCCUGGAAGGGAGGAAAUGCGGUUCUCGUUGGAGUGUGAUGAAGAAGGAUAUUGUGAAGAAAUGGAGGAAGCGAUUCUCCCUGCUGGCCCAAUAGCCGAGCGCCCCUCUGGAGUCAUAAAAAUCGACGAGAAGUGUGCCGAACGACAACGCGAGAAAGAGAACAUGUUCUUUCUCAUGACCCCGUGUUGCACGGCGAAGAAGCAUAAGAAAAAAAUCUGCAAGAAUGACCGUGACAAACAAUUAUCCACGAUGCUUUUGCGGAAAGCGGACGAAUAUUCCGUUUGGAGUAUGUUGCAAUCGGCAGUGAGGGGAGUGACGAACAGGGCAUUCCUAGCUGUUAACACCUUUUAUGAUAAGGGUUUUCUUCCCGGACUGCAAUCUCCUAUUUUAAUGGAGAGUGCCAUGACUUUGGCCGAGAAGAUCCGUGAUCGGGAGUACACCUGUGUGCAAGUGAUUGAAGCAUUCAUCAGACGUAUCGAGGAAAUAAAUGCACAACUAAACUGUGUAACAUAUGCGGAGUUCCAAGCUGCGAGGCAAAAGGCAAUCGAAUAUGACAAAAUAUUGAGAGGACCUCGAAGACCUGAAUUCACACCGCGGAAAACCCCAUUGCUUGGAAUUCCCUUCUGCACUCAAGAAAAUAUCGCGAUCAAUGGGAGACAUUUAACUGCGGGAUUACGAAUCCGAUGGAAGCGGAUCGCUUCAUCGGAUGCCGAAGUGGUGAAGCAAAUGAAAAGAGCUGGUGCGAUUUUCUUGGCUCAGACAAACGUAUCCGAACUCGGGCUUCCGUUUGAGACGAAGAAUAUUCUCUACGGCAAAACGAAUAAUCCGUACGAUGUACGGAGGAACGCUGGAGGGUCUGCUGGUGGUGCAGCUGCGCUUAUUUCAUCCGGUGGGUGCCCGAUCGGAAUCGGAGCAGAUAUGCUGGGUUCCAUGCGGAUCUCUGCGUCGUUUUGCGGGAUUUACGCGCAUAAACCGGUGUCUUAUGCAGUUAUGCAAGAUGGCAUAUUUCCUAAUAUCCCUUCUUUACGGAACAAUCUGAUGAGCAUCGGGCCGAUGACAAAGCACGCGUCGGAUCUCCUGCCGCUUCUGGCCGUUAUCGCUGAUCCUCAUGAACCCGAGUCCGGAAGGCAGAACUGGAACAAACGAGUUAAGCUGUCUGAAAUAACGGCGUUUUAUAUGCUGAGUGAUGGGAAUGACGGGAAAUUUGGAGCCCCAGCAGUGGAGAAUGAUCUUUCAAACGCAAUGGACCACGUGAUCAAACAUCUAGUCUGCAUUCUUAAGAUGAAGGUGAAACAGGCAAGAAUCCCUGCCAUGUCCGGUGCUUUUGAAAUGGUGAUGGAAUCGCUCGUUUCUGCUGAAUCCGUGCCUGUCAGUGAGGAACUUACCGAUCGCACAUGUCGGAAAGAUAUAUAUUUGGAGUUGGGGAAAAAACUUGCUGGUGUGAGUGAUCACUCGUAUGCAGUCAUCUUGUCUGCCAUCGUGGAAGACCGAUUUCGCGAAACCAAGGACAAGUCUCACCGAGAACAGCUGCGACAAGCUGUGCAAGACCUGAGACGUGAUCUCACGGCGUUGAUCGGUUCGAAAGGAUUCCUCAUGUACCCGACGUAUCCGUUCAAGGUUCCUUUUCAUGGCCAGACGAAUUUUUCGUGGACAGCAUUCGCGUACAGUGCGAUUUUCAACGUCUUGGAUUUCCCCGUGACGCAAAUCCCGAUAGGGUUGUCUGCUGAAGGACUUCCACUUGGGUUACAGAUCGUCACGCUGAGGGGUUGUGAUCACAUCGGUUUCGCGAUCGCUACGGAGCUGGAAAAGCUGUUCUGCAAUUGGCACCCGCCGUGCAGCAGUGGUCCGGUGCCGAGUCUGCCAAAAACGCGUGUUUGCGACGAAUAUCUCAUGGCCAGGUUGCCGAAGAAUAAGUGAAGGAAUCCGCUGUGACUCGGGGAGAAAUUUGAAAAUGAAUCUCAAUUUUAAAAAGUCAAUUUCGGAUUGUCAAUAAAAAGUCGCAGAGAAUGGUGUAUCCAACGUGAUUCCCACGCUCUCGCUUUGGUUUUUUA